AUGAUAUCAAAAGGUUUUAUAGUUAAUGGAGCUACUGUUUAUAUCUCUUCGAGAUCAGUUAAUGCUUGUGAUCAGAUUGCUAAAGAAUUAAACGCAAAAGGACCUGGUAAAGCGAUUAGUUUACCAGCUAAUUUACAACAACUGGAUGAAUGUAAAAGAAUAAUUGAUGAAAUUGAGAAACGUGAAGGAAAAAAAGCCGGCACGCAAGAUGAUCCAGCAAGAGUAAUUAAUAUCGGUUCAGUUGACGUCCCAGCUUUAGAAACCUACGCCUAUUCGGCCUCAAAGGCCGCACUUCACCAUCUAACUAAUGUUCUAGCUGGUAAUCUCUCACAACGUAAUAUUACCUUCAAUACAAUAGCGCCCGGUCCAUUUGACACAAAAAUGAUGGCAGCAACUUUAAAAACACAUAGUAAUGGAUUUAAAGACAUAAUCCCAUUAGGUAGAAUUGGUAAUCCAGAAGAUAUCGCUGGGACCUGCAUUUAUUUAUGUAGUAGAGCUGGCGCAUAUACUAACGGUGCUAAUAUUUCGGUUGAUGGUGGAUACUUAUGCAGUAAGCCUAAAUUGUGA